AUGAGUUCGACUAAAGAAAGAGUUAUGGAAGACGCUUCAAAUAAAAACCCAAGACAGACAGCAGGGUUUAUUUCAUUGUUAACUUUCUCAUGGCUGAGUGAUAUUCUAAAACUGGGCAGUAAGCAUCCUCUGGAGGAGAAGCACUUGUUUCCACUGGAACGUUCAUUUCAAGCAAAGGACCUUGUUGAUUUCUUGGAGAAGGAGUGGUCAGCAGAAGUGCGAUGGUCCCAACAAACACGAACAAAGCCUCGCUUAUGGAGGGCCAUGCUGAAGAUAAUUCCUUACAGAGAAUACAUUAUUUUGGCCCUCUUGAGAAUAUUUUAUUCAUUAUCAAUGAAUCUCCUCCCUUUAAUGGUUUGGCUUUUCUUGAAAAGCAUUUCUUCAGGUAGCAGUGAAAUAAGUUACGCAUCCUCCCUGCCUUUUGUGGUCUGUAUUUCUGUGACCUCAGUUGCACGAAAUAUAUUUGCAACGCACGGGUUAUUCAAGGGAGAAAUGUGUUCAGUUAGAUUCAAAGUGGCUGUUGUUGGUCUGGUUUACAAAAAGGUAUAUAUAUUUAUCAAAUAUGACUAAAAAAAAAUUAUUGGGGUUAGUCUUAAAUCAAGUAAGAAAAUACUCGUGGAACUCUUUACAAAGUUUGAAAAGCUCAAAGGAACGUAAGAUCAAUCUUUUUUCGUUAAAUUGUCACCAUCGCCCUUAAACUUUUCGUCUUGAGUAAUCGACAUUAGUUUUCUCCUUUCCAAGCACGUUAUAAUAAUUGAAUUGGCGGUCAGUGUAUGGUUGUUUCUUUCACCCAAAAUAACAUCACAGAGACACUACAUAGGGUCAUGUGCCCGCUGGAAUGUACUCAUGCAGACCAGUUACUACCGUCUGUGAAAUGUUCCAAAAGCAGAAAAAAGCCUGAAUUGCCUUGACGAUUCUAUAUUAGCAUUGGAAAAUCCGUUAACGGAUUUCUCUUAAGAAGAUUUAACCUGUUCUUCAGAAUUCAAGAAAUUAAUGGAAAAGAUAGUUGUAACUUCUUUCCAACGCGCAGUGAUAAGACACGGGAUGAUAAGUAAUAUCCUGCGGACACAGACGCGGUAUUUCCGGUCGUCGCUUCUCUCCACCCGAAAAGUAACUCUCGGGGAAGGGAGAGACGCUACGACCGCAAAUACGUCUGUGUCCGCAGGCUAGGUACAGUAAGUAACAAAGUGUUUUGUAUCUUUUGUUUUCCUUUUUUUAGAUUCUUUCCGUUAACAGAUGUGUCUUAGAAGACAGCGUUUCGGAAAACACAAUUAAUCUUGUUUCCAACGACGCCCAAGUCAUUGAGAAAUUGGGACAUCAUGCUUUCAAUGCGUCAUUUGCAAUCCUGGAUGUAAUACUUGCUUUGAUUCUUCUAUGGUAUUUAGUAGCCUGGCAAGCUCUGAUAGGAGUUUUCUUCUUCGUCUUAGUCAUUGUCUAUGAUACCCUAGCAGCUCAUAAAUCUGGAACGAUUCGCGCUAAAGCUGCCACACAAACUGAUAGAAGAUUGGAGGUAAUAAAAGAGAUUGUUUCUGGGAUCCGUUUGGUGAAAAUGUACGCUUGGGAGGGAAACUUCAGGAAACUGGUUGCACAAUUGAGACGGUUAGUAGUUUCUGUUAGUUUAUUGUUUAACAAGAAUGUUACUUUGUUAGUUUGAAGUCGGAAGGUUUGAACAAUUUGCAUUAAAGAGGAUUCACGCUUAUUGCAUGCACUGACCACCUCCCAUUCACCUUCACACUAAAUGUUAAUCAUCUAUGAAAGAGGGUUAUUCACUUACAACCCCACCCACAAACCUAGUUGGUCUGCUAGUUUCCGCUUUUCAAGUUUUCUGUCCCUAACAUUGAUGCUACGUCAUCGCAGGGUUAGCAUGUGGUAGAACAGGACUUUCAAAUUCUUUCAACCCUCAGCCUCUUGGCCAUGCCUGAGCUACACCAUGCAGGAACAUAAAGGGUUGGGCAGGGUAGCAAGUAAAUAUGACGCCCAUAGUAUCUUGUCAUAAACCAGCCAGCUGACAUGAAAUUACAACAGCGUUUGGUCCGUUCAGUGUGAAAAUAAAGUUUCAAGUGAAUUACCCGUAUCAUUCAUUAAGGUAGAGUGCAUGCAGUGCAAGAGACUAUUACAGCAGUUGUUUUAAAAUGAACUCUUUUAUAUGCGAGAGCACCGUGUGCUCAAAAUUUUAAAAGGAAGGUUGACGAUCUGACUACUUGAACUCUUAUGAACAAAAAUACUAUUUUGCAGAAAAGAAAUGUCUCUGAUUCGUGUCCGUGGGUUUUUUUAUCUCCACUAUCUACGUCCUGUUCUUCAUUAG